UGUAACUCAGUCUCCCCGCCAUGGCCUCCGCAGCGCGAUCUCUGAGCCGGUCGGCUCUCUUCCUGGCCCGGAGAGGGUCCCCACGAACGAAUGGAGUGUUUCCGCCUGCAAUUUCAAUUCCCUGCCGUACCUUUUCGGCGUCGUCGUUCAACCUUUUGCCGGAAGAUCCCCCGGUUCGCCCUCCUCCCAGAGACCCCCGACCGGAAGAUCUACCCCCAAUGCCAGAGUAUUCUCCGGAUCUGCUUAGCAAAGACGAGCGCUCCAUGUACGAUAUGCUGUCUCCGCAGGAGAGAGCGCUUUUCGACGAACAAAACCGCAGAAUCGUGGAGAAUUUCAAUGAUCCGGCUAAGCGGGCGGCAAUAUUUUCGGACAUCGACAAGAAAGUCGCUCAGAUAGAGAGGGAGGAGCCCAUGAGGUUUGAGGAUGUCCGGGACCGGUCCCGUGGGUUCUGGUCGGAAGAGGAAGAUGACGAGUUCGCCCUCGUCGAGGAUGGCGACGAAGAGUUUAACGACGAUGAAAUCACCUCCAUGGCUCAUGCUGAACUUGAAUUGCAUCGCGAAAUGCGAGAAUACGCUAGAAUUGCUGCAUGGGAUAUGCCAUUGUUAAACAAUCUUGCAAAACCAUUUACACUCCCCCCUGAAACACAUAUUCUCCGCUUUAGAUACACCACAUAUCUGGGCGAGCAGCAUCCCGCAGAGCCCAAGGUCGUUGUGGAACUUACUUCCAAAGAUCUUACCCCCAAGCACCUCUCUGAAGCCCAGCGUCAGACCUUUCUCAAGCUAGUCGGCCCACGCUAUAACCCGGACACAGAUAUUGUACGAAUGUCGUGCGAGAAAUUCCCGAACCGCGCCCAGAACAAGCGGUAUCUGGCUGAUCUCGUAAAUACAUUGAUCAAAGAGGCCAAAGAAGGCGACUCGUUCGCCGACGUCCCGCUCGACCUCCGCCAUCACAAACCCAAACCUAAGCUUCGUUUCCCUGAAUCUUGGAAUAUGACUGAGGAACGAAAGAAAGAACUGGAAACCAAGCGAGUUGCAAAACAAAUCCGUGCGCAAGAGCGGCCGGCAAUCAUCGAUGGCAAUGCCAUUAUUGCAGAGGCUGCCAAAACUCUGCCGGCCUUAAAUCCUGCUUUAAGGCAACCUACUGAAGAACGUGUUCCUGUUCGUGUCGGGAAGAAUAAAGCCCCGAAGAAGUUGGAGAGGAGGUGAUACGGUUUGCGAGUAGCGUGGGGAGACCGGCUCGUUCAAAUAGAUAGAUUCUAAUUUCUUUCGAGGCGGACUGUAUUAUAUGGUCUCUUUCUUGUCAUGUCCUGUCUUAUAUUCUGGUAUCUAAAAUUAUACGAAGUCAGCCUUUCCUAUCUUCUGAACACCUCGAUGGAUAGGCCCG